AUGGCGGCGGCCCAGGGCGGAGGGGGGGCGGCGCGGUCGGAGCUCGGCCCGGAGGCGCCGGGCUCGGCGACCGUGGAGCCGGCGGCGGCGGACUCGGCGGUGCCGAGCCCUGCGGUGCAGCGGGCUGAGCUGAGGCCACUGAUGGCCGCGUCCAUGAGGCUGGGGGAGUCCUGGUACCUGCUGUCCAGCCGCUGGUUCGGUCUCUGGAAGCGCUACGUGGGUUACGACAGGUGGGACGUGUCCGGCGUGGGCGACCCCAAUCUCUUUCCUGGGCCCAUCGACAACGCGUGUCUGCUGAACGAUGGGGAAAGUCAGAGCUUAAAGGAGCACCUCAUCGCUCAGCUGGACUACGUGCUGGUGCCCAGCAGCGCCUGGCAGAAGCUGGUUUCGUGGUAUGGCUGCAUCGAGGGACAGCAGCCCAUCGUGAGGAAAGUGAUGGAAUUUGGUCUGUAUGCAAAGCACUGUGAGGUUGAAGUUUAUCCUCUUGAGCUGAAGCUGUGUGAGAGCAGCAGUGCUUCCAACGUGAUCAGCUGCUGCUUCAGCAGAAGAGAUAGUGUUGCCACUCUUGUGAAAGAAAUUCGGAAACUAUUUCAAAUCCCAGCUGAGAAGGAUGUGAGGUUAUGGAGCAGCCAUUUUGAUGGCUCCUACGAGCAGCUCAGCGAUUUGGGUGUCACCCUAGAAGAUGCAAACAUCUAUCAUGGGGAGCUUGUCCUAAUAGAAGUGAAAAAUGAAGAUGGCACGUGGCCUCAACAUCCUUUCCUUGCAAAGUCAAGCACUGCAACUAGCAGAAACUUUUCUACCUCUUCAAAACCUUCAGCAAGUUCUUACUCCUCAGCAUCUGCCACGUCUGUCAUUACUAACGGUGAUAGCAGUAAUUCCUAUGGACUGAGCAGCUCCAGCCUAGGCAGGGGAGGUUCUGGAUUUGCCUGCAACUCUUACAGCAGCAGGGACUCAGCUUCCCUGUCCCAGCCCGGCCUUUGUGGACUCAGUAACCUUGGGAAUACUUGCUUCAUGAAUUCUGCAUUACAGUGUCUGAGCAAUACUCCUCCUCUGACUGAGUAUUUCCUGGAAGAUAAAUAUGAAGCUGAAAUAAAUCACAGCAACCCCUUGGGGAUGAGAGGAGAAAUUGCAGAAGCCUAUGCGGAACUCAUUAAGCAGAUUUGGUCUGGGAGACAAUCUCAUGUGGCCCCACGUAUGUUUAAAACACAGGUUGGCCGAUUUGCUCCUCAGUUUUCAGGAUACCAGCAGCAAGAUUCCCAGGAGCUCUUGGCUUUUCUUCUAGAUGGCUUGCAUGAGGAUUUAAAUAGAGUGAAGAAGAAACCUUACUUGGAGCUGAAGGAUGCCAAUGGCAGGCCCGAUUCGGUGGUAGCAAAAGAAGCCUGGGAGAACCACAGACUGCGGAACGAUUCUGUCAUUGUGGAUAUUUUUCAUGGUCUUUUCAAAUCUACCCUUGUUUGUCCCAAAUGCUCCAAGGUUUCUGUGACCUUUGAUCCCUUCUGUUACUUAACCCUUCCACUGCCUUUGAAGAGAGAUCGUCUCCUGGAAGUUACCCUGGUGUUUGCAGACCCGCAGCGCAGACCUGUCCAGUACCGGGUUGUGGUGCCAAUGAUGGGGGCCAUCUCAGAUCUCUGCGAAUCACUCUCCAAACUUUCUGGGGUUCCUGCAGAAAACAUGGUGGUGACAGAUGUGUAUAACCAUCGGUUCCACAAAAUCUUCCAGGCGGAUGAAGGUUUAAAUCACAUCAUGCCGAAAGACGACAUCUUUGUAUACGAAGUCUGCAAGCCAAGUGAAGAUGGCUCAGAGUACAUUACUUUCUCUCUUUACUUUCGGGAAAAGGCAGUGAGGCAAUCCAGCAGCACUUCAGGGACCAUACUCUUUGGUCAGCCACUGCUGAUAUCUGUGCCAAAGCACAAGCUCACUGUGGAUCACUUGUAUGGUGUUGUUUUGGAGCAGAUCAGUCGCUACGUGAAACUCCCCGUGGCAGAAGAAUACUCCACACCUUGCCCAGGCAGAGGAGCGUGCAAUGGCUCCAGCAGUGUGGCUGAAGGUGACAUUGAAGAGAUGGAGCAUCAGGAUGAUGGACAGGAAUGCAGGGAGAAGCUGGCAGAAGUUGAUCCCUGCCACUCUGAGGGUUGCAUGCAGGUUGAACCAACAAGAGACGUGCAGCCUUGUAAGAAGCAGCAUUUCACUUUUAGCCUUGUGAAUUUAUAUGGGACCUCUGAGAUAAACUCCAUUGUAGAAGGAAAACUCUUGAAAUUGAAUGCUUUUUCUACACUUGCUGUUGACUGGGAUUCUGAUACACGGAGGCUGCUCUUUGAUGAACAGGAGGCACAGGCGUGUGAAAAGCAUGCAAGUGUGUUACAACCACAGAAGAUGAAGGCAGUGGUAGCCCUUAAAGACUGUAUAGAGCUCUUUACUACAAUGGAAACUCUUGGUGAACACGACCCUUGGUAUUGCCCUAACUGCAAGAAGCAUCAGCAGGCCACAAAGAAGUUUGACUUGUGGUCUUUGCCCAAGAUUUUGGUAGUGCAUCUGAAACGCUUCUCAUACAGCAGAUACUGGAGGGAUAAACUCGACACUGUUGUGGAAUUCCCGAUCAGGGGUUUAAACAUGUCUGAGUUUGUCUGUGACCCAAGAGGAAGCUCCUAUGUCUACGACCUCAUUGCAGUUUCCAAUCACUAUGGAGCCAUGGGAGUAGGCCACUACACUGCCUAUGCAAAGAACAAGGUGAAUGGCAAGUGGUACUACUUUGAUGACAGCAGUGUAUCGUUGGCUUCAGAAGACCAAAUAGUGACAAAAGCUGCAUAUGUGCUGUUUUAUCAGCGCCGAAACGAUGAGGAACAUGUUGCCCCAUCUCCUCCCCAAGAAGAGUGUGAUGGCAUGGAUACCAACUAAGCACCGCCUCCAGCACUCGACCACCAUGUUAGAGGUCCCUCCUGAAGCCACCUCUGAGGCAUCUGAAGUUUUUUCUCUCUUCUGUAGGAGUCGAGCAGAAAAUCUAGCACUGAAAGAUUUGGUGCUUGGGGUUACAAAACAGCACUGGAAAGCCAGGAAUAGGUGCUGAAUCUCAGAUAUUUAGAGGCCAAAAAUAAUAUAUAUUGGAGCUUUGAUAAAGUUCUUUUUAAACUCUGUCUGAGCUGUGUGGCUUGAGGCAGGGGUCAGGGCUGAGCCGGGGCUGUGGGACCUGGGUUAAGGUCUGUAGCUGGGGUUUGGGUAGUAUAGCCUGAAUCCGAGGUCACAGCUGAGUGUGGUGGGGCCCACAGAGGAGCACAGUGGGUAGGAUUCUGUGAAUUGAUGCAGGGGCUUCCUGUCAACCCUGUGGAGUUGCUGACGGGCUCUGCUUGUGUCAGUGAGGCUUGUGUACCCUUUCUGGAAUCUCUCAAUUCAAAUCUUUGUAGUUCUGGCUUGUCUGUUGCCACCUCUGCCAUUGUACUUUGGUUCCCUUGAUAAACACCAAAGUUUCUCUUACUUGCGUCCUUUCAUUUGUGGAUGCACUUGAGACUCUUGUGGGCAGUUCUUACUCAGCCUCUGUUAGCGACAGUACAAAGGGGAAUGGCUUUAAGAGGGGAGAUUUAGGUUCGGUAUUUGGAUGGCGGUGAGGAGCUGGCAUUGCUGCCCAGGGCUGUGGUGCCCAUCCCUGGAGGGGUCCUGGACAGCCCAAGCUGGUGAGGGGAGCAGCCAGCCUACAGAAGGAGUUGGAACCAGAUGAUCAUUCAGGUUCCUUCCAGCCCAAGCUGUUCUGUGAUUGUAAACGUGAAUACCGAAUCUGCAAGGUUGGCAAUUCUUGUCUAGUGUGUCCUCUUGCCAUAGUUACUCUAUUUUGCUCCAUCCUUCUAAUACAACUGGGAAAUGCUCUUCCUCUCUUCCACCUUUACCUGACUGGCUCUGUUUCUUGCAGGAGUUCAGCUUUCCUCUUGUAUGAGGAUUCCUGUGAGCAGUAGAUCAGGUUAGUCCUCAGUGGAGAACUGUUUUUUUCUCAUUAAAAAAAUUAGAAAAACUUAGUUUUCAUCUGGUUUUGAGGGAGAUGUUUAGCUCAAGGUGGUAAACCACACUGCAAGGGUCCUCCUUGCAGCCAGGUGCACUGGCAGAACAAAAGGCCAAGAGAAACUACUAUCCCUCCUGAGAUGCGUGCUUGGAGUCGCUCUGUCCUCUCUGCACAGUUCCGGUGGCUUCAUUGCUGACUGUAGCUGUCUUCUCUGCCUGCCAGUGUUGACAGUCUUUGUUUAACUCUGACCACACCAGCUCAGCUCCCUUUGCUCUGCUCUGAGCAACAAACCCCAUAGGAGGUCAUCGUGCACCAGUCCCUGGACCUGCGCUGUGCAAAGGCAGAGCCAGCUGCUAUCUGUCUGUCCUUCUCCAAGCAAAGGGAGGUGGGGGGGGGGGGGCAGCCCCCCAUGGCUCCCUGCCAGGGCAUGAGAAGAAGGAAGGACUGUCUCUAGCUGGCACAUAAGUAUUAUUACCCCCCUUCUGCAGAAUUUUGCUUUUAAAGCGUUGAAAGUUGAAUUUAGAGAUCAGAAUUGCUUAGUUGUUUCCGCUGUUCUGGUUUGUGGGUUGUCUCGGAUUUUUUUUUACAGCUCUUAGUAUUUUAUUUCUGUUUUGAGGGGAGUAUCCCCAAAGCAGUUUUUAACUGUAGCACUGCACUGAAUUACUCUGAUUGGCAUUUCUCUUAGGUUACCCUGAAAGAAAACCACAUGGGCAUUCCAAAAUGGGGAGGUGGGAGAGGCAAGAGGAGAGCAAAAUAGCUCUGUAAAGGCAACUUCCAUCUGAAGUUUGUUCUCCUCUUUACCUCCUUUGCUGCACUGACACUGAGAAUUCAUCAGUGGGGCUCAAUCUCUGAUGCUCAGAUGCUGAGCAGACACUGUUGUACUGCAGAAAGAGCGGCCCAGCUCUUAUUCUCUGUCUCAGAGCUGAUGGCCUUGGCUGGUGGGAGUCUGCCAUAACACCAGACCUGUUUUUUUGGAGUAGCACUUUGUAAGUGGUUGGAUGCGUUGUAUGAAGAGGAAAAUUAAAGAGUGGUUUGCACUGAAACUGGGUUUUGUUGUGUGUUCAUCUGUUGUUAUGUGGCCUGAAGUGCAGGAUGAGCAGCUGCUGGUUGUGAGGAUGCCUGCUGCAGCAGGAGCUCUUUCAGCUGGAGCGCAGUGAGUGCCGUGCAGGGGAGCAGUGCAGUGCUGUCUCAAUCUGAAAGUUUGUUCUCAACGUUUGCUUUUUCUCCACUGCAGUGCUGUGCUGGUCUGUGGUGGUCCUUGCCUUUCUGCGACGUUGGGCAGCCUCAGUUGUGCCUUUCUCAUCAUCCUUCUGCAGAUCUGGGGAGGCUGCAUUCCUUCCGGCCAUUUUUGCUCCAUAGCUUCCCUGCUUGUGGCCAUACCACUGAAAUGGUUGUCCUGCAGCUACUGCAGUUUCCCAAGGCGUGCUAAAUAAGUACCUUAAGCUGGAAAAGGUCAAGGAAGCAAGUUAAAUGCAACAGGCUUGCAUGCAUUUAGCACGUGCAGGGAAUCUGGAGGAUUGUCACCAAGCCUGCAGAUCGAGGACAGUUGUGAAGGUGAAAACCUCGUGAAGGGGUGUUGAGGACUGGCGUGAAAAACAAGGCCGUGUUCAGAGUAUGAAGGACACGAUAAUGGUGUAAAGGAAUUUGAGCAGCAAACAACUAGCUGCAAGUUGUGCUGUGUGAGAAAGCUGUUGUGGGAAGUAGGCGUAGCGGGAACUUGGUGGUUACAGGUUGAUGGACAUGAGUGAUAGCCAAUGAGAACGCGGCAAGUGAACUUAAAGGUUAUGUAGGAUGUUGCUCUACCAUUAAACGUUGGACUUAGUUGCUAA